AUGGAAAUUCAAGGUUUAAAAUUCUUCGGUUUUCGCCGUGGGUAUUCGGCACUGCGGAAAUAAAUACCAAACAAACGUAUAUAUAGUUUCUAGCUUUUCUACUUACAUAACACAACACUCUGAAACAACAGUAGAACGUCACUAAUCAGCAAAUUUAUUACUAUUUACCUCUGGUUGAUAGUGUUGUUAUUUCUUUAUCUGUGGUAGUCACUAGUCAGUACUCAGUACUUCAGUUUCAGUAAUCAGUAGUCACUUCUCAGAAGUCAGCCGAGUAGCAUGUACCUACUGCUCAAUUACUAGGCUACGCAGUAAUCACUGGUGUCUGGCACUAAUUUCCAAUUCUGUCGUAUUCACGUAUGUCAAUUUACUAGAAAAUUUCCCAACACGGCCAUAGCUUCAUCUAAUAUUGUUACUAAUAUGUUAAUUAGCUAAGACCAAUACAAUGGACAAGUAUGACAGAGCCUCUCAGCAUAUCAAAGAAUCUUUGAACACUAAAAAUCUUGCCGAAUGUCUAACACAAACCGGUCGUUUUUCAUACUGUGCCUUAUGUGCAACUUCAUUAAGCUGCCUGUAUAAAUAUCCUGCACAUGUAGAUUUUAAAUUGGAUUGUUUACGUAUACUAUGUAAUCAUUUAAAACUAAUGUUACAACUACCUACUAUGCGAGAGAUGGCAAAUUGUGAACUUCCUUUAGAUGCCAAAGUAUAUGUUAGAGCUCUUAAAAAAGAAGAAGUACUGAAAGAAGGUAUGAUGAUAAUUGUACAAGACCUUCUUUUGCUGGCUAUUUCAAAUGGUACCUAUGAUGCUCGCUGGAGAGUCCUUAUACUAUAUGUUACUCGUGUGUUUGAUCUUGAUCUAAGUAUAGUUGAUAAUUUUGAGUUAAAUGUUGUAAACUGUUUAUCAAAUUUUUUGCCAGUACAAACUGAACAGGAACAAGCUGAUGCUGCUCGUCGUCUUCGUGUAUCAAAGACUAAACGUUUUGCAUUAAUUGGAUUAGCAUCAGUUGGUGGUGGAAUUCUCCUUGGUUUAAGUGGCGGAUUGGCUGCUCCUCUUAUUGGUACAGGACUAUCUAGUGUUCUAGGAACAUCUAUUUUUGGAGCUAUAGGAUCAGUGGGUGGUACAGCUAUUGUUGGAUCACUCUUUGGGGUUGCGGGAGCAAGUUUAACUGGAUAUAAAAUGCAUAAAAGAGUUGGUGACAUAGAAGAGUUUCAAUUUUGUAAACUGUCAACAGAUACAGAAACUGGAGAUAUUCACUUACAUAUUACUAUUGCUAUAUCUGGAUGGUUAAAUGAUGAUAAAGAAACCAGCUAUAAAAAACCCUGGGAAUAUCUUCGAGACAGUCCUGAACAAUAUUAUCUACGAUAUGAAUCUUCUUAUCUGUUGGAGUUUGGAAGAGCUAUGGAAUACUUUUUUAGUUUUGCCGUUUCUGUAGCAGUUCAAGAAUCUUUGAAGUAUACUGUACUUUCAGGCCUAAUGGCAGCUAUUGCAUGGCCUGCUGGAAUUCUGGGAUUGGCCUCUGUCAUUGACAAUCCAUGGGGUGUAUGCUGUCGACGUUCAGCUCAAGUUGGAAAACAAUUAGCUGAAACUCUACUUACACAUAGUCAUGGUAAUCGUCCAGUUACAUUGAUUGGUUAUAGCCUCGGAGCUCGAGUUAUUUAUUAUUGUUUACGAGAAAUGUCUCAAAGAGAAAAUUGUCAAGGUAUUGUCCAAGAUGCUAUCUUAAUAGGUACUCCAUGUACUAGAAAUUCUUCAGACUGGAAUAAAAUUACAGAAAUUGUGGCUGGGAGAGUAGUGAAUGCUUAUUGCAGAAGUGAUUGGUUCCUUAAAUUCUUGUAUAGAACACUUUCUAUGCAUGCAAAUGGAGUUGCUGGUCUUCAAGCUAUUCAAUCAGUUAAUGAUAGAAUAGAAAAUAUUGAUUUGACUGAUAUUGUUUCAGGACAUUUUGAGUAUCCACAAAAAUUGACAGAGAUUUUAAUGUACAUUGGAGUUAAUGUAGAUAAAUCAGCCAAACUUGAAUUAAUUACUACACAAUCUAUGCCGGAAAAAAUGUGUGAAAGUUUGAAAAUAAAUGAUGAUACUGAUAUCAAAAAAUCAAAAUCUGUAAUUGACCUCACAAUUAUUGACACCAAAAAAAAAUGAAACACAAUGAUUGUUAUGUCUGAUAUUAACAUAUCGAGCUUAUUUCUUCAAUUAAAUGUA